UUUUGAAAAAACAAUCGAUUCAACAAACAAUUUAAUGCCAAAGCAUGCCUUCAAAAUAUUCAAAGUAAAAUGCCAUUGACGGCUCCAGAAAAGUGCCCAGUUUUAAAAGACGAGAUGAACAGCAGCGAGGAUAAGGAGUGCAAGGAGGAAAACAAAAAUGAACCACAGGAGUCGGCGGCGAAGGUAGUGGAUGUGGUUGCCGUAGCGGUCAGUUCCAAUAGGAGCAACGUUCAAGAGCCACAAUUUUAUGGCAAAGCGCAAAAAUAUUGGUCGGAGGUGCCAGCCACAGUCAACGGGAUGCUGGGAGGCUUGGGUUACAUCAGCGCCAUCGAUGUACAGGGAUCCAACACCUUUCUUCGCGAAAUACGGGUUCCUGGAAACAAAGCUGCGUUGGACUGCGGUGCCGGCAUUGGACGAGUGACUAGGAAUCUCCUGAUUCCCCGCUUCCAUUGCGUGGAUAUUGUGGAGCAGGACCCAGCUUUUGCGAAUAAAGCCCGGGAGUACUGUACAACUGAGAGCCAGCCUGUCGGCAGUUUGGGGGAAAUCUACAACGUUGGACUACAGAAGUUUACUCCCACAAAGAAGUACGACCUCAUCUGGAGUCAAUGGGUCUUGGGGCAUCUCACUGAGCUGGACUUGGUCGACUUCUUUCGACGCAUGGGACAAGGACUGGCUCCGGGCGGUUUCUUUGUAAUGAAGGAGAACGUUACCAAAUCAAAGGAGAUAAUCGAUGAUGACGAAGAUUCCUCGGUUACUCGCCCUCUUGAGCACUACGAGAUCUCGCUAAAGGCGGCUGGAUUUCGCAUUGUGCGAAAAGUGCGCCAGCAAAACUUUCCAAAAGACCUUUAUCCAGUUUAUAUGAUUGCCUGCAAGCCACUCUCUGUGGCUUAAAUUCAAAAUGUAGUUACUAACGUACAAGUUAACUUGUACCCACAAAAUCCAAUAUCACAAUUUUAGCUAGUCAACAAAAUGUUAAAAUUAUAUUUGUAUAGUUAAUAGAGACAAAUAAAUGUAUCAAAUGACCAAGCCGG